AUGGGCAAGAAAAACAAGAAGUCCGCCGAACACAAGGACCGAGUGGCCGCCAAACAGACCAAAAAGGCCGCAAAGACGGAAAAGAAGACCAAGAACAAGGGACGAGAUGCGGACAGCGAUGUGGACGAGGCGGAUCUCGACGCCAUUCUAGCCCAGUAUGCAGAGGAACAGGCCAAGUUCCUCAAAGUCACCGAGGUUGUAUCAGGACCGCCAUCGCCUCGGACCUCCGCGACGGUGUUAGCGUCUCCGUCAAAUCGAAAUGAGUUGUUGAUAUUCGGCGGCGAGUACUUCGAUGGUAACUUGGCGUCGUUCUUCAACAACUUGUUUGUUUAUCUGAUCGAUCGGGGUGAAUGGAGGGAGGUUACGAGUCCCAACAGCCCCCUUCCUCGCAGUGGACAUGCUUGGUGUCGUGGCGGGAAUACCGGGGGGAUUUAUCUCUUUGGAGGAGAAUUUUCUUCGCCAAAGCAAGGAACAUUUUAUCAUUACAAUGAUUUCUGGCACCUUGAUCCCUCAACAAGGGAGUGGACUCGCAUCGAGACCAAAGGAAAGGGACCUCCGGCUAGGAGUGGUCACAGGAUGACCUACUACAAGAACUACAUUCUCGUCUUUGGUGGUUUCCAAGAUACCUCGCAGCAGACGAAGUACCUCCAGGAUCUGUGGGUAUACGAUUGUUCACGAUAUACCUGGUUCAAUCCUACCCUGUCCGCAGCAGCCCAGAAGCCGGACCCCAGGUCCUCGUUCUCGUUUCUGCCCAACGAAACCGGCGCGGUCAUCUACGGCGGAUACUCCCGCGUUAAGGCCACAACGGGAAUCGGAGGCAAGCCGUCGAAAGGUGGACCCCAGCGAGUCACGAUGAAGCCCAUGGUCCAUCAAGAUACCUGGUUCCUCCGGAUCACGCCCCCGGAGUCCGACGCACCCGCGACUGCGGCUCCCACCGUUCGCUGGGAGCGCCGCAAGAAGCCCGCCAACUCCCCCAACCCGCCUCGAGCCGGUUCUACCAUGGCGUAUCACAAGGGACGUGGUAUCAUGUUUGGCGGUGUCCACGAUGUCGAGCUGAGCGAGGAGGGUAUUGACAGCGAGUUCUUCGAUGCUCUUUUCGCUUGGAAUACUGACAGGAAUCGCUUUUUCCCGUUGAGUCUUCGUCGCCCCCGAGCUCCGGGCAAGAAGCAGCUAGCCAACCAGGCGGCUAAAUCCCGGGAUCGUAGCAAGGCCGAUGAAGAGGAGCUGUUGCAGAACCUGAAAGCGUUGGAAGCGAAAGGCGGCAUCAACAACCAGGAUGAUGAUGAAAUGGAUUUAGGUACGCCGAAACAGGAAGAAGAGCCUGUGCAGCCGCAGAAGCCGUCUGUCGUGCGCUUUGAGAUGCCCCACCGUCGCUUCAACGCUCAUUUGGCGGUUCAAGACGAUACUCUGUUCAUUUUCGGUGGAACCUUCGAGAAGGGAGACCGCGAAUUUACUUUUAACGAUAUGUACUCGAUCGACUUAGUCAAGCUCGACGGUGUCAAGGAGGUCUUCUAUAACGAACCGGAGAACUGGCACCUUCUCAACGAGGAUGAGAGUGACGAUGAGAUGGACGACGAUGACGAGGAGGACGACGAGGAAGAUGAAGAGGAUGUCAUGUCUGUGGACAAUGCCUCUCCCGCUCCUACGGAAGUCACGGUACCGUCUGUGACUCAAGAAAUGGAGCAGCUCGAAGUUGAGGAGCCGGAAGGCGAGCCGUCGGUGCAGGAUAGCAGACCUCUUCCUCGGCCGUUCGAGAGCUUGCGCGAAUUCUUCAGCCGUACUUCCGAGGAGUGGCAGAAGAUUUUACUCGAGACUCUGCGGGAGAAGGGCCUGGCGGCGGAAAAGAACAUCAAAGAGUUGCGCAAGGAUGCGUUUAACAUUGCCGAGGAGAGAUGGUGGGAUAGCAGAGAAGAGAUCAUGGCUUUGGAAGAUGAACAAGAAGCGUCAGGUAUCGGCGAAGUGGUCAGCAUUGCUGACCGGGGUGAGAAUGUUGGGGGUGCUGGAAGACGCCGAUAG